UAGAUGCCGGGGAGGAGGACCUGGCUGCGCGCGCCACCACGCCACGGCGACGCACGCGGGACAAAUGAAACGAGUGCGCAAAACGGACAGCUGGGGAAAGACUAGUCAAGGGAACCGAGUUGUCGUGAAAGUGGAAGCGUUGCCGGUCAUGAUGAUGAGUGAAUGCGAGUGAGAUUCGAUCGCCGGCGACGUGUAGCUCGUACUCCUUUUUCCAUACAGCCAGAACACAUAUGUCGCCGUCCAGCCGCUCGGUGUCCGUGGUGUGUCUGUCCCUCGGCAGAACAGGCUCCGUCCCGCCGGCGCUCGGCGCGGCUUCCCGCCACUGUCGCGCGAGACACGCAACACGCUCCAUGGCUGAAGUUCACACGCGCGACGCAGCUUCCCCUCCGGCUUGUCUGAAGACGGACACGAGCGCGCGGAUGGACGUGCGGCUGACCGAGGAGGACAGGGACAUCGCGAGGCUCCACCGCGAGGCGUGUGAGGCUAAGGCAGAGAUGUACACAGACCCUGUAACAGGAUACAAGGUGUUCACGGAGUUUGCUCACCUUCAGAGGGGAAAGUGCUGUGGAAGCGGCUGCAGACAUUGUCCUUAUGGCCAAGUCAACGUGAAAGACCCUGCAAAGAAGAAGAAAUUUAAUACAGCAUUUUAUGCAUAAUAAUUUUAUGGAGCACAGUGGAUCCUCGAGAAGCCCUGUGGUCUCAAAGCUCCGGAGUUGCAUGCUUGAAUUCAACCUCUGUUGUGUCCGUCAAGAGAUUGCACGUUCACAUGGAUUUCUUCCUAGUACUGCUCUUUUCUCCCACAUUCUAGAGGUGUGCUCUCCAGGUGAAUCAGUGGUUCUGAAUUUCCUGUAGUGCAUGACUGUCAGUGUGAAUGCGUUCAUAUAUAAGUGCCUGUGAUGGACUGGUGACCUGUUCACAGUGUAGCCAGCCUUAUGGCACAGCCUUCCUGGGCGGGACUCCGGAUUGCCAUGGUCCUGGUAUGAAUGGAUGAAAGAAACAUUUAUUUUUUGAGGAAAAAAAAAAAAAAAAACUCCGGUCUGUACUACCUCCAUUGUUACAUAUAUGUAAAAUAAAAUCUUCAAGUCUUGCCAUAAUCAGUAAUUUGUGUAUAGGUGUGGCCUUCAGAGGUGCAGAACUGCAUUCAGUUGUCAGCCUUAAUCAGAAAUGAUUUUGCCAACAACAGGAGACCUUAAAUUGUACUUUUUUUCUGCUUGCUAGUCACCAGAA